AUGCAGAAGCAGCCCGUAAGGAGCAGAUCAUUGGGCCCAUGGGAUGGUGAUGGGAGGAGUUGCGUUGGCCCGGACCACCCACGAAACGAAGAAGAAGAAGAAGAAGAAGCAGAAGCAGGCAAUCCAAUUCCAAUCCGCCUCCGGGAGGAGAGGAUGAUGAUGAUGCUGUUUGGGGGCGUCUCUGCUCACUGCCCACCAUCACCAGCUGCUGCCCUCCGCCGCUUCCCUCCCCCGCCGACGACCCGCCGCUCCUUCCUGCCACUGCCCUCCCCCUCCCCAUCCCCAUCCCCAUGCCCAUGGAUGCGCCGCCGCCGCCUCGCCGCUGUCUCCGUCAACGAUGACUUCUUCACCGUCGACUACGACCCAGAGGAAGAAGAAGAUGAGGAGGAGGAGGAGGAGGGUUCUCCGUGGGAGGGCGCCCUGGUGUACCGUCGCGACGCCUCGGUUCAGCACGUGGAGUAUGGCACCACGCUGGAGCGCCUCGGCCUUGGCGACCUCUCCUCCCCUCACUCUCGGGCGCGCGCCGCCACCAUGGGCAUCCUCUCCUCCACCCCCACCGCCACCGACCACACGCCCGUGCUCGUCUCCCUCGACGUCGCCAGGCGCCGUGGCCGCCUCCGCCUCGACGGCAUCGUCCGCACUGUCAUCACUCUCGCCUGCUACGGGUGUGCUGAGCCAGCACCUGAAGGUAUAUUUGCAAACUUUUCCCUCUUACUGACCGAAGACAGAGUGGAGAAACCUGAUGUAGUUGAUCUUGGGACAAUAUUUGAAGAAGAACAAACCAAAGCACCUUUGCUAACCGGCGGCCAAGAUGAAGACGAUGAAGAUAUAGACUGGGAUGACCGACUGCAUUUCCCAGCUGGAGAGAAGGAGAUCGAUAUAUCAAAGCACAUCAGGGACAUCAUUCACUUAGAGAUCACACUUGAUGCCUUAUGCAGUCCCACUUGCAAAGGUUUGUGCCUUGGCUGUGGCACAAACCUGAACACGAGCAGCUGCAACUGCAACACACAGAAACAACAGGACAAGAAUGUUCAACGGCGAGGACCUCUGAAAGACCUGUUGAAGCCAUUGCAAAGAUGAUGUUAACACCCCGUGGGAAAUUUUAUACAGUGGUAUGUAGUAAUACCACGUUGUAGGAGUAUUCCAAGACUACCAAGAUAACAUGUUUCAAUGGUAAAUUUCUUGUCCCUUUGAGCCCAUCUCCUGUAGUUCGGAUAAAUUGACCUGCUGUCGCAAUGGCUACCUCUUUGCGUGUGUUCGCGUUAUCA